AUGAUGGGAAUUGUUGACAUACUUCAAGAUAUCCUGGAUUCAUCUUCCAUACCAUGGAAAACCAUUAUUACGGGGUUCACUGUGGCGCAAUUUGGAUUUGAAACCUAUUUGACUUACCGUCAAUAUUUGGCUCUAUCCAAUAAGAAUUUGCCUCCCGUGCUAGUUGGUGAAAUUGAUGAUGAGACGUUCCAAAAAUCGGAAGCUUACUCAAGAGCCAAGUCUAAGUUUUCAAUUGUAUCGAAUGUCAUUAACUUGGCUCAGAAUUUGAUCUUCAUCAAGUUCGAUAUUUUACCAAAGCUAUGGCACCUGGGCAACAGCUUUGCCCAAUAUUUCCCAAGCAGGUUCUUUCCUACUUCUACCAUUGCCCAAUCCUUGUACUUUUUAACCGUCAUGUCCAAUUUGUCCGCUUUGAUGGGUCUGCCAUUGAGUUAUUACCAACAUUUCGUCUUGGAAGAGAAGUUUGGUUUCAACAAAUUGACCAUUAAGUUAUGGAUCUCUGAUAUGAUUAAGAGCAGUCUGCUAGGUGCUGUCAUUGGUACUCCGGUAUUGUACUUGUUCUUAAAGAUUUUUGAAAAAUUCCCAUCCAAUUUCUUGUGGUACAUCUGUCUAUUCAUUCUUGUGGUUCAAAUCCUUGCUUUGACUAUUAUCCCAGUGUUUAUCAUGCCAUUGUUCAACAAAUUCACUCCAUUAGAAGAUGGCGAGUUGAAGACCGAAAUUGAAAACUUGGCUAAAAAGGUAGGAUUUCCAUUGGACAAAAUUUUCAUCGUGGAUGGUUCCAAGAGAUCUUCUCAUUCUAACGCUUAUUUCACGGGUCUCCCAUUUACCAGUAAGCGUAUUGUCUUAUAUGAUACCUUAGUCAACGAUUCUACCACCGAUGAAAUUGUUGCUGUUUUGGCUCAUGAAAUUGGUCACUGGCAAAAAUCUCAUUUGUUGCGGAUGCUAGCCUUCAGUGAAACUCAUAUUUUCUUGGUAUUUUCCCUCUUCACCGCUGCUUAUCAAAACAAAUCAUUAUACAACGCAUUUGGAUUCUUCGCCGGUUCUGGUUCCUCAUCUGAUAUCUCCAAGGUUAUUACCCCUCAAUAUCCAAUUAUCAUCGGAUUCCUUUUGUUCAAUGACUUAUUACAACCGCUAGACUGUCUUUCUACAUUUUUGACAAACUUAGUCUCAAGAGCUCAUGAAUACCAAUCUGAUGCUUACGCUAAGGAAUUGGGCUACGCCCCUCAUUUAGCCAGAGCAUUGAUCAACCUUCAAAUCAAGAAUCUUUCUACUAUGAAUGUUGAUCCAUUAUAUUCAAGUUAUCAUUACUCUCAUCCAACGUUGGCCGAAAGAUUGAUCGCUAUCGAAUACAAGAACGAGAAGAAAGACCAGUAG